AUGGCUAUCAGAAUUCCUCGUGUGUUGCAAUCAUCAAAGCAACUUCUAAAAUCGUUCUCGCAAUCAUCAACCAAUGUCGAUGUUCCAAAAGGACACCUUGCGGUUUACGUAGGCGAGAAGCUGCAGAAGAAAAGAUUUGUGGUUCCAGUUAUGUACUUGAGUCACCCUUCGUUUCAACAACUUCUAAAAAAAGCGGAGGAAGAGUUUGGGUUUGAUCAUCCAAUGGGCGGCCUCACUAUUCCCUGCACCGAACAAAUCUUUAUCGAUCUCGCCUCUCGCCUCAACACUUGA